UUUCGAAACUGUGCGUAUUGGUUUUGCGACACAAGCAUCGAUGCGUCAGUGCCAUAUGUCCCAUCCCUAGGUAUAACACCUGGACCACGUUAUUCGUCGCCAGUAAAGGAACCAUACUCAAAUCGGAAGAGAAGAAAAAGAAGAAAAUGGAGCCACAAUCAAAAAAGAAGAGAGAAUUUGAACGUGACAUUGAUUUAUGGGUUGCUUACCCAGUUCUAUCUGAUGAGCAGUCACAAGAUCCUGAACUGAUCGAGGCUUUUGCUGCUCCCAUACUUAACAAGAAAUACACAUCUAGUUUGAUAAAGGAGCUUUCUUCACUGUACCCUUUGCAAGGACUUCAGCAUAUUAAGAGAGUGCGGGCUAGUAAAAGCAGUUCUCACUCUCUAGAAGUACUUUUAUGCCUUGUUGGCGAUGUAUCGGACUGUAGGAAGAAGAUGGACAUAUCAGCUUUGUUGCCAGCCGAAAGAUUUAGGUAUGAUUCUUUAGGGGACCCUUUUCUAGUCAGGAUACCAGUAUGUGCUCCUUUAACAAGAAAUCAGUUUGAGCAAGUUGGCAAGCAUUGGCCCACCUCCUUCCAUGAAGACAAACUGAUUACUUUGGCUCUGAAAGGACAGCUUUUCACAGAUACACAGAAAAUAAGAAUGAAUGCACACAUGGUAGUUGCAGUUGCCGCUGCCAAAAUUGCACAGGAGAGUGGCAUGGAGGCUGUGGGGGCUGUACUGGUUGAUCGUGAGACAAAGAACAUCAUAGCGGUAGGUCAUGACUGUCGAAGGAACAAUCACCCAUUUCAUCAUGCAGUCAUGGUCUGCAUUGAUCUUGUGGCUCGCAAGCAGGGAGGAGGGGCCUACAUCUAUGAAAAAUACCCUGCCUGCAAGUUUACACUCUCCAAUUCCUUACCUCUAUAUAAGGAAAUAUUGCCAACCUCCAUAAUCCAGCAAGAUGUGACCAGUGGAGAGAAGGGUGACCAGCAGUACAUAUGUACAGGAUAUGAUCUAUAUGUCACGCGAGAGCCCUGUGUUAUGUGUGCCAUGGCACUGGUUCAUUCCCGCAUAGGACGUGUCUUUUAUGGGACAACCUCUGCUGAUGGUGCACUUGGUACUAAAUACAAAAUCCAUACUCAAAAAGGUCUGAAUCAUUGUUUUGAGGUUUUUAAAGGAGUCAUGAGACAACACUGUGAGGAUUUAUGUACAUAAGUCUGUGUGCCACACCAAAAUAACUUCAGAGGUAUAACUAAAUGAUCAGGUUUUAAGACAUGCAUUUCUGGUAACCUAGACUAGUCAUUAAAUGUGAGACCAGUUUUACAAUGGUGUCUUAUUGUGUCCUAUUUUUUUCCUCAAAGGUUGAAGUUUAGAACACGAUGGCCCUCUUUUAGCAAUUUCACUUCGAAACCAGUGCCGAACUGAGCGCAGAAAUCCUCUUGUGACGGGGUUCACGUGUGAUUAUGAAAUACAUAUGAUAUACAUCCACUGCAAACACGUAUCAUAUUCUCAUUUAGGUUAGUGCAUGACAUGUGCACCAGUAGAUACUAUUUCAAAAGAAAUUCCUGCAUUAAAAUAAUG